AUGAAGGUCCUGGUGCUGGAAGAAGUUGCUGCUGUCGCUGAGCUCUUGGACGUCGGCUUCCCUAUGUUGGAGAGGAUGAUCCAAUAUGUUGCUGUGUCAUGCAGAGGAAAAGAUGACGAGAUGGCGCUGUAUCAUGCGAUGCCGAUCCAGCAGAUCCCGCCUUCUCAUCACCAUCACCACAGUAUGGUGCUCGAGAGCACUAUGGACUCCUCUAACACUAUAAAUUUCUCGUAUUCGGCUGCGACGUCGUUUAUGUCGUCGUUGACCGGCGACUCCGAUAGCAAGCAACCAAUGUCGUCUUCGGCUUUUCAAAUUACCAAUUUAUCCCAGGUUUCCUCAGCCGGAAAGCCGCUGCUUUCCUCCACCUCGCUGAAGCGGAAGUGCAGCUCCGAGAACUUGGGCUCUGGGAAGUACAGUGCUGGAUCGUCCGGCCGCUGCCAUUGCUCCAAGAAGAGAAAGCUGAGACAGAAGAGGGUUGAGUUCCAGCUAUAA